CGGAUUUAUAAAUGGUUAGUUGACGUCAUGGGGAAAUAUAACGUUUGACUCACUUCCCCAGUUAGCGUUAUUCGUGGUGUGUGUCUGGAGGAAACGGAGUUACUUUAAUUACGUUCAGUUUUGGAAUAAUCCAGCAGUUACCAAUCGUAAGAUGGCUCGUACCAAGCAGACCGCCCGCAAGUCCACCGGAGGAAAGGCGCCAAGGAAGCAGCUCGCUACAAAGGCAGCCAGGAAAAGCGCGCCAUCCACCGGAGGAGUAAAGAAACCCCAUCGUUACAGGCCAGGAACCGUGGCUCUGCGUGAGAUCCGUCGUUACCAGAAGUCAACUGAGCUGCUGAUCCGCAAGCUGCCCUUCCAGCGCCUGGUUAGAGAAAUCGCCCAGGACUUCAAGACAGACCUGCGUUUCCAGAGUGCUGCCAUUGGAGCUCUUCAGGAGGCCAGCGAAGCAUACCUGGUGGGUCUGUUUGAGGACACCAACCUGUGUGCCAUCCACGCCAAGCGUGUCACCAUCAUGCCCAAAGACAUCCAGCUGGCCCGGAGGAUAAGGGGAGAGCGGGCUUAAAUGGCAUUCAACUGCCUGUUCCAGACAGUCCUAUUUAUCUUACUUAAACAAUUUCAUGUUUUUU